AUGUCAUAAAAUAACAGCAAGGUUAGUAGUUUUCUCUCAAAUACAAAUGAAAUGAAUUAAGAUUCUAACCAUUCGUUAGAAGAUCCUAAUAUAUAAUCAGCUCUACCAUUUUUAGAAAAAAGGCUUAGCAAUUAUGAAAAUAUAGAUCUAAUUGAAAAUAACCCUGCUAACAAUAUAGAUGAUGAACAGGUUACAUGUGAUAACACUAGCAUGAUUAGAGAACUCUCUAAUGAAUUUGAUCACUAUGAGAAAGAAUAGUUUAAUUUCAAUAGUGUUUAACCUAUUUAAAGCAAGAAGUCUUUUAGCCAAUAUCACAAUGAACAAAAUAGCUCUAAUUUUAGGUUUUCAAAUGGUGAAGAGCACAUAUCUAGAUACUCAAGCGAAUAUUAAGAAAAAUGUCAAUUUGAGGAAUUAAAUGAAGUCUAUACAAAAGAAUUAAAGUAAUGUGAUUUUUAACUUACAUAUAUGAAGUCUGAAUACAAAAAAGAGUAUCUUCGUUUUGAAUUCAUUUCUAAGUUAAAUCACAUAAUAUACAAUAAGGAAAGAGCUGUAUUGUCAUGGCCAAAUUGUUUAUAGAUAAAUAGCAAUUAUUUUAUUGUUGGUGGUGGUAGUGGAAAUUUCAUUGUUUUUUCAAAGCUUAAUUACGAGUAUGAAAUUUUUAGCACUUAGGGAUCACUCAGAAAAAUAAAUUGUAUAGAAAUGAGCGAAGAUUUUAGAGUAAUUUGUAUUGGAGAUAGUGUAGGUACUCUAGGAAUAUAUGAUAUGAAGAAAAAAAAGGUAGUUAAAUUUUUAGAAGGAUUGCAUGGAAACCAGGCUAUUAUGUCUAUUAAAAUUGUUUAUAAUAAGCCAAACAAAUUGAAUAAUUUGCAGGUAAUUACCUCAGAUAUAAAUGGAUAAGUUAAGGUUGUCUUUCUUACUAAAGGUAUGUUUAAGUAUAGUGUAAGUCAAAAGAUUUUAAUUGAGAAAAAGAGUUUUCCAAUUUAAUAGAUUACUCUUCUAUCAGAAGAUCUAAAAGCUAAAUAUUAAAGGACAGAAAAUAAUGAAAUCAGAUACCUGUCAUUUAUUUCUGUUUCAGGUAUCCAAAUUUAUAGCUAUUCAAUACAGACCAUGAAUCUCAAUCUAAUUUAUCAAUUUAAGAACAAAGAUUUUAUUCCAUCAUAGUUUACCCACUAAGACCUUGGUUUUGUCAAUUUGUCUUGGGGAGAAGGAUUCAUUUUUGAAGUUGCUGGAUAUCUAUAUAAAACUAUUACUAAAGUUAUUUGUUGGAAAAAUAAAUUAUACAUUCUUAAAGUACUUCCAAAUAUGAAAUUUAAAUAAAAUUCUAUUUCUGAAAUACCAUUUUUAUUUGAGGAAUCAAAUCCUCUCAUAUUCGAGAAAAAUAUUUUAUACUCAUGUUUUUUAGCCUAGUCAAUAAUUUUGAUUGUUGAUUCUGAUCAAUAUCUCUAUUUAUUUAAUAUGUCUGAUUUAAAAAAAUUGUUUAAUACUAGCUUAUAAGCCUUGGAAAUAUGCAAAGAAAAUGGAACACUACCAUUUCCUUUACCAGUUAAAGAAAAGUUCUUUUUUCAACUUAAUAAAAUGAGUGGAAACAGUGCAGUAUAAACUUACAAUAAUGUAUUUAGCUAGAGCAAAUAUGACCAAGAAUUAUUAUUUAUUGUUGAUGGUAAAAUGGGAGUGUGUGCGUUAGCUAAAUGGUAAUCAGUUUACAAUAACUUGAUCGAAAAUGGAGAAUGGAGACAAGCUAUGCACUAUCUAACAAAUAUUUAUUAUAAUAAGGAUAAGUUUGUAACUAACUUAUCUUCCAAUCAGCAAGAAAGAAAAAUAUUGUUAGAAGAAAGUGUAAAAAUAGUAUCUAAUAAAUAUUUACAAAUGUGCUUUUAAGUAUUUAAUUUAAACAAAGAUGAAGUUACCAAGAGAGAUAUGAUUGGUUUAAUUGUUGAAUUUUUAGUUCUUACUGAGAAUUAUGAGUUUUUGUUUAAUGAACUCAAGCUGAUAACUGAGGAACAUUUCAAGUGCUCUAAUUUGUUCAUCGAAUGCCUAGUUCCAUUUUUAAGAAAAUAUAAAAUUAAAUAUAUUCCUGUUUCUUAUUUAAACUAUUUAAUUGACUAUUUUGAGCAGAGAAACUAAAUAAGUUUGAUAGAAAAAAUGAUUCUUUAACUUGAUACUACUUUAAUGAAUACUCAUUAGUUGAUGGAAAUAUGUCUUAAGAAAAGACUUACUAAAGCCUUAAUAUACAUAUGUACUAAAGGUGAAGAAGGAGAGGAUAUUUACAUGACUCCUUUAUCAAAGAUGUGGGGGCACCAUCUUUUCCACAAAUAUUAGCAAUAGUAGGUAGCAGUUGAUCCUAACUGCAAUAAAGCUAUAUAAUCUGAAAACGUUGAUGAUGAUAGGAUUUUUGGUGAAAGAAGUCUUUGGUAUGCUAGAAUAUGCUUGAAGAAGCAUACUAUAAUGGGUGAAGACAUUGAAGAUAAAAAAUAUGAAAGUUUAGUUUAUAACCUCGCUUAAUGGGUGUUUAAUAUAAACAAUUUAAAUGAAAUUUUAUUGUUUUCACCAGUUUAAGGAUUUGAAAUUAUUCAUUUAUUCUUUACCAAUAAUGUAGCAGACAUUAUCAAUAAGAAGCAAUUUUCUUAGGUCAAUAAAAAUGAAAAAAAAGAUAGAACUUCACGUCUCAGUAUUAGUCUUAAGAGAACUACUUCAAAUACAUAGAAUGAAUCUAGACAAAAUAUUAGUAAUUCUGAUAAUUACUCAAACGGAUAAACAUUAAAAAAUGGGCAUUAUUCUGCAAAAGAGUUUUCUCAUAGCAAUAGCUUAAACUCAAAUUUUAUGAAUAACUUUGUUGAGAAUAGUACCGUAUUAGAUGAAAUUCUUGAAACUAUUUAAGUUUGCUUUGAAUAAAUUAUGGAAAACGAAGAUCCUCUUUAUUAGUUCAAUUUUUAGAAUAACAGAAGUUCUUUGAAAGAAAUGGUCUUAGAUAGCAGAGGAAAGUCGUAUAGUCAUGAUUCAGUAAAUGGAAAUAUUAUUGGUUAAGUAAAGCAGGAAUAUUUCCUUUUUAUUUGCAAGCUAUUUUUAGAGUAAAACUCAGAAAACAAUGACAAUCUGUUAAAAUCAGAUCAUAUUCUUAAUUUAAAUGAUAGCGGAGAGAAUGGUAGCAAGACAGAAGGACAAUUAUCAAAAAGCAAAGGCUCAUAUUAUAAUGGAUAAAAUCUUAGAUUUCAUUUAAAAAAAGGUUAAAUUUUUGAUGCUAUCAUUUAUCUUAUAUAAAAUCCUUUGAUAAUAAACGUGCUAAGUAACAAUAAAGAUCAUCCUACUCCUCAUAUUACCUUGAUUGAAUGGGAUAACUAAUAGGAGGUUGCAGAAAUAUACUAAGGAUAAUUUAUUUAGUUUGUGCUAUCUAGAGUUGAUUUUGAUAAAUAUCAAAUUCAAACACUGAACAACCUUUUAUUGAAUUCUUUUGGCUUUAAUGAAUUGAAAGCCAGCAUUUACAAAGAUAUGAAAGAAUAUAAAAAAUCGCUUGAUUUAUUUAUUACUUCCAAAAAUUAGUUAAUUCAAAAUAGAUUAUUUAACUGGCUAAACUACUAAUUAUCAGCUAAUCACUAAUAAAAUGACCAUUAUAAUAACUUGCUAUUAAUUAUUGAAGAAAAGUUAAUAGAAAUUAUCAAAAUCAACCCAGAAAAAACUAGGGAACUUAUAAAAAAGCACUUGUCUGAAAUAGAAACUAGAAUGAUAAGAAAGAUGAAAGAUUUUCCAGAUAAAUAGCUUGAAUACAUCUAGAAAGUAUUAGAAGAAAGAGAUGAGAAUAGCAUACCAAAAGAUCUCCUUACUCUAUACAUAGAACUCCUAUGUAAUUUAAACCCCUCUAUUAUUUUAUAGGAGUUAGAAAAGUACGAUUACGAUUUAGAUGCAUGCUUGAAUCUUUGCAAAGUGAAUGGAAUCAAUGAUGCCUGUGCAUAUCUUUAUGAGAAAUAAGGUGAUAUCUAAAGCAGUUUUAUGAUUCAUAUAGAAUAUUUAAAAAAUAUAUAUGAAGAAAUGAUAAAAACAUUUGAAAAAUUAGAAGACGAAGAAGAAAAAAGUAAACAAAAUUUCAAUGAAAUAACAAUUUUGUUACCUUUACUGGAUAAGUUAAAUAAAGAAAUCUAGAAGCUAUUCAAUUUAUGCAAAAUAAACAUGCCUAUGAAUGGUUUAGAAGAAUGUAUAAGACUAAUAUAAAAUUUAUUAGAUUUAUUUGUAGAAUUGCUUGCCUAAAAAGAUUAUAAAACAAGCUUGCCAGAUGAUUUUUACUAUAACUAUAUAGGAUAAAUAUUUAUUGAAAUGUUAAAAUAUGUGGAUCUUGAUUAUUUUAUUGAUUAGCUAUCAACUAAAUACAUUCAUUUAAAUCUAAAGAAGCUUUCAAGCACAAUUUCAAGUAUUCUAUCAGAUUUAGAGUACACUAUGCAAACAUAUAUAAACACUUCAGAGCUCCUUAAAGAAUUCAUUAAUGAUUAAACUAUUAUCUUAUAAAAAGUUCUAAAUAACGGUCUAAAUGGAUAUCCUGUUUGCUAAAUUUGCUUUUAAGCUAUUACAAACCCUCUUCUAUCUAUAUAAAUUGAAAAUUAAAAGACUCAAUAAACUUUAAAUGGAUGGGUACUACCUGAUUAUUUACUAAAUUAACCAGUAGAGAAACCUAAAGAAGAGCUCACAAAAAUAAAGUUUUAAAAUACAAUAUUAUUUAAAUGUAAUCAUUACUACCAUGAUACAUGCUACUUCUAAGUUAAAGCAACAAUAUAAAGCGAAUUAGUGAAGUAAAAAUCCAUUCUUGUUGAAACUCCUCUUUGUUUACUUUGUUAUUCUCAACAGAGCAGUGAUUUAUAUAUGAAUCUUUUAAUUUAAAAUGAAAUAAGAUAAAAAAAUAUUAAAGAAAAUUUAGCUGGUACUGUAUAAACAAGGAAUUCAGGCGGAGGUUCAAGUUAACAAAAGCCUUCUUGUCACACAGUAGAAUAAAUGAAAAAACCUUUAAAUAGUAAAGUCCCUUAAUAAUCAACACAGGAUUUAAAGCAAAUAGUUCAAAAGUAAUAAUAAAGAAAAGAAUAGCUUUACAAAUUUGAUAAAAAUAAAAAUAUAUAAAAUAUUGAUAAAAAAUAAUUAUUUAAAACAAUAGUAGAAUUUUGA